UAAGGUCAACAAACAUGAUAAAUGUCCAUGUAUAUAUAUAUGAGGCGGUGCAUGCGGCUGAUAUGAGGUUUGGUAUUCCAUGCAGCAGCCUCCCACGCGCCGCUACCGCCCACGCCAGGAUCUGCGUCACGCAGGCGCGUGGGAGUGAGAGAGCAAUGUAGCAAGCGCGGAAUAUCCCAAUUCUGGCAGUAGGGGAGAGCGCGGAAACCAACUAGUUUGAGAGUCCCUCCGUAGUUCAAACUAGAGUGUGUGCGAGUUAAUUCAAUAACAGAGCCGAAGGACGCGUUGCUUACCCGCCGAACGCGCGUCACCUCACUGGACAUUGGACAGUGAAGCGUCGCGUAACUCAACGGAGCGUCAUAUUUCAGAAUUUAAUAAUCAUAAAACCAGACGCCGCUUUUGGAAGAGUUUUGUUGGAAAAAGACAAAGAAAACCAAAAGGUAUGGCAGCGACUUUACCCAGAACCCUUGGGGAGUUGCAGCUCUACCGCAUCCUUCAGAGGGCCAACCUGCUGUGCUACUAUGACGCCUUCAUCCAGCAGGGCGGCGACGACGUUCAGCAGCUCUGCGAGGCCGGCGAGGACGAGUUUCUCGAGAUCAUGGCGCUCGUAGGCAUGGCCAGCAAGCCACUGCAUGUCAGACGCCUACAGAAAGCUCUGCGCGAUUGGGUCACAAACCCUGCCCUGUUCAAUCAGCCCCUCACGUCCCUUCCCGUCUGCAGCAUUCCCGUCUACAAGCUGCCCGAAGGGUCGCCCACAUUGUUGCCUGGGAAUGGCGCCCGUGGAGACACCCAAGUCAAAGUGCCCAAGUGUUUGGCAGCUGCUUGCGUGGAUCCUGGAAAAGGAGAAUCGGGCAACGGGAACUCUUCUGCCACUGUUUCGCCCCUUCAGAGUGGCAGCGAGCCACGUUUUUGGGCCGGGCACGGCACGGAGAGCGAGCACAGCCUGUCCCCGGCAGAACUGGGCUCUCCGUCUUCCCCUCGGGACGGCCUGGAGGCACUAGACGCGGCUGCUAUUCAGUCCGUGGCAGAGUGCGUAGAAAGAAUCGCUCAGACUUUGCCCAAGAGUGACCCCGGAGAGGUUAAAGAACUGUUGAAGGGAAAUAAGAAGCUUGCCAAGAUGAUCAGCCACAUCUUCGACAUGAGCGACGAGGAUCCGCACAGGGAAGAGGAAAUCCGCAAGUAUAGCGCCAUAUAUGGGAGAUUUGACUCAAAAAGAAAGGAUGGGAAGCAUCUGACUCUGCACGAGCUGACGGUGAAUGAGGCUGCAGCACAGCUAUGUAUGAAGGAGGUGGCAUUGCUGACUCGCAGAGAUGAGCUUUUCGGACUGGCCCGUCAGGUCUCCCGAGAGGUCACCUACAAAUACACCUACAGAACCAGCAAAGACCGUGCAGGUGAAAAAUCUUACCCGUCACCCAAGAGAAUUAAAACUGAGGAGGGCUGUUUUGACCUCCAGGAGGCGCUGCAGGCCAUUCACAUGCGCCAGGAGACCCUUAAGGAGCAGCUAGCCCACGCCAGAUCUAAAGGAGAGGAGACGGUUGGGCGGAAUAUCCAGGUUCAGCUGGAGCGUCUGUUGGCCAAGCAGAUGGAGAUACUGCAUGACGCCGCGGCGCAGGACAGACUGCAGGCUCUAGAGUGGAGGGUUCCACCAGGGCCCUACAAACACAGCACAGACAGGCAGAACAGCAACGGGAUCUCCGCUGACAAAAACGCUGACCAGCAGGGAGAGAGGCCGCUGAAUCUGAGGGUGACCAGCCAGAGGACGAGAGCAUCAGACGGAGACACGCCUCUCGGAAAGCAGCUGGCCAAUGAGUUGAAGAGGCAUCAUCACGCUAAUGCCGAGAGCAAGACGUCAGCAGCCACAGAAAACGGAGGCGAUGCAUCUUCAUGUGCCCUCAACCUCUCUGAGAAGAAGACCAUCAAAUCCGAGCCGGAGGAUUCCAGAUAGCAGCCCCGAAUGCUUUCGUUUCAAACCUACAAUACACGUCGUCUGUCAGUGAAUACUAAACAAGCACAACUACAGUAGAGCCUUAACAACCAAUGUUGCCUCAAAAUAGAGUUUAUUUUAGUUUCUCGCCAUUUUUGUUUUUUGCCAAAGCACCUAGAGCCCUUAUUUCCAUUCUCCUGAGUAGAUUCACACUGUUUGUGCUGUCACUGACUGUACUCGUUUAAUUCUCACUAGCUCUCAUCACUUGUUUUUAUGCUCUGCUUUCGGUGUGGACCAAAAGUCCGCUAUUUGUACAUACAUAGAAAAUGUCUGUUUGAAAACAGUUAAAUGUUAUUUAAAUACAGUAUGUGUUGUAUGUAUAUAUAUAUAUAUGAAUGCAUGUAAAAUAUCACUGAAACGGAGGGAUGCAGUGUUUUUAAAGUUGUUAGUAAGCAGCUGUUGUUAAGUGAGCCUCCUGGAUUGCGUUUCUCUUUAAAGACCCCAUGCAAUCACUUUCAUUUCCCGUAUUGACUAUUUCCUAUUAUCAAAUGACAUUUGCCCCUUUUUUUUUAAAGAGACAGUAGGCUCUUUAUUUACACCAUAAACAGUGAUUUGCCACUUGCUAUUGCUAUUUGAUAGCUGGUGGUAUUGUUAGCAGGAGCAAUAUUAUCAUUCUAGAGAGCAUUUCAUUCAACAAAAAUAUUAGGGCUGCACAAUGUAUCAAAAUAUUAUUGAUAUUGCGGCAAGGCUAAAUGCAUCAAAUCAACAAGAGCAAAGCUUGGCACUGUUCAUUUGCACAAUUAAAUGUAAAUUUAGGCAAAAAUGAAGAAAUUAAGUCGU